CAGCCUAGCAUUAUCUCCCGUCAACAACGACAUUGUUAUGUAGUGGAAGAUGACACUAUAAGUUUGUUGCAUACUUCUGAUAAUUAGUACACUAUUUUGGUAUACAUAAUCACUUAUCAACUGAUAAUUGUCGAAAACAUAUUGAUUUUGUGCGGUGAACGCAAUUAUCUUAUGAUGUGUUUGAGAUAUAUAAUACUUGUUUAAGACCAACUAACCUUGGAAUGGCUAUAAAACCAUUACCGCCGAGUGCAAAUAUUUUAUAUGUUUCAGGUAAAUGAAAUGAGAAAUUUACAUUGCUGGAUGAGAUAAUUAAGGUGGACCGGAUGGGUAUCAUGGAUUCUUUGAUAACAAAGCUUAAUUAAUUGGGCUUAUGGAAAGCUUUGGUGGGUUUACGGGCUGAGGACACACGGAAUAGAGGAGGGAGCAAUUAUUUGGAUCGGGGGAAUUACUUGGACGGAAGCAAAAGGAGAAGGGCGGAGCAGCUAUUGGAGAGGAGAAUUGGGAUACGUAAUUGGCAGGGGGGAUUUAUUGGCAGGAGAGAAUUAUUUUUGGGAUGAAAUAAUUAGAGAAUUGGAGGGCAGCGCGGACCGGGGGGGGGGGGAAUUAUAUUGGACGGAACGAAUUCCUUGGGGAGGACAAUAGCAGCAGCACCGAGAGCAGCCCAGCGACAGGCGAGUCUAAAAUUCUUACGUGACGAGCUGGGCACGAGAACAACUGAUCGUCGGGCACAAUUCAUAAUCAGUAUUUUCUUUUCUUGUGAUUAGUUGGAUGAUGAUUAUAAACAUGAUUGUGUGUUUUAUUUUCGUCAUGAACUAAACCCCAAUUUCUGGGGGAAACACCAUAGGAUGUAGCUAUUUCUAUAUUUGAUGGAUUGAUUCAUAUUUCUUUUCUUUCAAUCUCUAUUGCAUGAAAUCGCUUAAUGCUUUGUGUUGACUGGCCACCAAUACAUUGAUUUGUAGUUAAUUAGGUUAUUAGCGACAGUGAAACCCUAAUGACUGAACAUAUUUCAUGUGACAUAGUAACUUAUCGAAGCGACAGUGGAUUAAAUAAGGUACUAUGUGGUCUUGAUUGGGAUAUCGGUCUUCAGGCUAUAUAAAUAAUUCAUUGAGCUACGACAGUAUGAUUUGAAUUGAUUGUUUAGUACGUAGUAAUUCCCGAUAGGGAUAGCUAGCACAGUAGUGAUAUCCUGGCUGUAGAGAUAUGGAUUAAAUUUAUCAGAAAAGUGAAUUGAUUUGGAUAUGAUAGAUAGUGAAUUCCGGUGUUUCUCCCCAGAUCUUUCUCCAUUGAAUUUCUCCCGACAGUUUUCAUUUGCUUACUUGUUUAGUUUAUUUUGCUUUUAGAAAUUAGUCACUUUAAAUUCUUUUCACCUAUAGUUUGCUCCAUGGAAUUGAUAUAAUUUAAGGUUGUACCAAUCCCUGAGAGACGAUACCCGGACUUCCCGGUUUUACUACAAGAUAGGAAUUGAAGCAUUACGCUUUUGCCCUAUCAAGUUUUUAACUUAGAUACUUAAGACAUAUAAUCGUCAAAAUGUGAAUUUUACUCCACAUAAAACCAUUCAAAGGAUGAAAUCAUGAAUGUUGUCGUUUGGAUGAGGAAUUGUAACAGAUCAAUUUGAUACAAUUGUCUCGUUUUGAGACAAUUGUAACAAAUUACCUCGUUUGCCAGCAAAAAAUUUGGAUGGAUCAAUCUACCUGAGAUAUUUUGAAUUUAUCCGUUUUGAGUCAAUUUCAAUUACCUGAGGUGGGGGCAGGUAAUUCUAAUUGACUCAUUUUAAUUGCAUCGUUUAUAAAACGAGACAAUUGAUCUAAUUGACUCAUUUCUAGAUUGAUUCAUCCAAACGAUCAUACAUCUAAAUUAAUUGAUCGAGGCCCUUAUAUAGAAAGGGAGGGGGGAGGGGGAAACACGUACAGUCAAAUUGAUUAAUGCGAAAUACCUCAAGGUUCAAACACACAAUUUGUUGUUUUGUUUGAUAUAUUCCAUGCAAAUUCUCUCGAUAUUUCUUUAAGAAGUCAUUUCUUCAUGUCUUACUUUUUCUUUUUUGGCCAUCUUCGCUUGUUUUGGACCAGGUUGAAAGCCAAAAGGAUGGAAAAUUGGAAGAAGGGGAAAAAGAACAAACAAAGUGGGGUUAAACUUUAAAGGGACUAGGGAAGGGAGAGGCAACUCGGGAUCAGAGAAGAUAUCAUAGAAAGAUGUAAAAGGUAAAUCAAUAUUAUGGGCUAAUUGUGGUCGGGGAACAACAUAUUUAAAUGGGAACAUGGUGUGGUUACGUUUGAGUUGAGAGGUGAUUCUUUCCAUCAAAUUUUUUUGGGUACUAUUUACUUAUUUCAGCUAGAAAUUGGUGAAGGCAUGAACUCUUAAGAGUGGUUGUCAUGCCGGUAAGCGUGCCACUGGUUGAACCUGGUUCAACCAGUAUCGGUCAUAAAAUCGGUAUGACACCACCGGUAUGACCGGCAUGAUCGAUAUACGAAUCUCUAAGUAAAAUGAUCUUAUAUUAGUGAAUUUAUUUGAUAAAAAGUAAUUUAUUAUUUAUUUUAUGUGUUAAAAAGUUAAAUGUUGAUGUUAUUUGUUGGAUUCAAGUACAAAUAUUUAGGUAUUGACGUUAAAUGUCAUGCUUAAAUAUGAGUAUUUGUAAAUUAUUUGUAAUAUUAACCGGCAUGAACCGACACAAACCGGUAUGUACCACUGGUCGAACCAUUCCACUUGCUAAACCGGCACACUGGCACAAACCGGUUUGACAACCUUGGUGGAGAGUAAUUUAUAUAGGUUGGCAAUUUAUUAUAUCAAGUCAUGCAUAACUUUAUUUUUUUUCAUGAUAAACAUUCAUUUAUUCGCUGUUAAAUAAUCUAAGAAUACGUACGCUAAGUCGUAAACACUUCUUUAUCCUUGUAUGCUUUUAGAGUCCAACUAAGUCACAUCUACUAUUCAUUCUUCAUGGGUUUAAUUAGACAAGUGAUAUACUAAAUGCCUUAUCCAAAUGAUGGUCCAAUCACAUCAUAAUGGUAGCCAAUGCCAAUACUAGCUAAUAUAGUACCAUAGUGAGGGUUACAUGCAUGAUGGCAACAUUGCAAUAUCGUAAUUGUGGGUGUAUAUGAAAGAGUCGACAAGUAGGAGACAGGGGAAUAUGAGAUACAACAAAGUAAGUCAUCACCUAAUUAUAGAAAUUUCUAUUGAUUUUAAUUUUAAUUUGAAUAUAGUUUAGGAUAAUAUUAUUUCGAUUGGUCUUAUAAAGAAAAGGCAAUACGUAUCAUUAUGGGACAUCGUUGAGUUGCCUCCAGAAUUGGGAAAAAUAUAGACCCACACCACACACCAGUCCACCACUCCCAACUGUUUUGCUGCAUGUGUUGUUUUGCAGCUUUUAUAUAUAUAUCCUUAACGAAACAUCUCUCGUCCCCUCCAUUGCCAUUUGCCUGGUAUAGUGACAAGUGAGAGUGAACCAGACCAGACCAGGUCAGGCCAGGGUUCCAUUUCAUUUCAUGCACAGCAGUGGGGCUCCGCCAUGCCGAGUUUUUGUGGAAUCGGGUUGGCCAGCGACCACCGACCACCUUGUUUAAAUACCUACAUGCACAAGUUCCUUUCAAAGCUAGCUAUUGCCUAUUGGUAAGGUAAUGGGUCAGGUUUUCGACACUCAUAAUCUUGUCUAUCAUUUUCAUUUGUUAAUCUAGCAUUUAAUCUUGUAUUAUUCGGAAAGAAGCCGAGGAAGUCUCAUCGAUGUUUUUGUUAAAGUUUGAUAUGGAGUAAAUUAAAAUUAGUAAUUUAGAAAACUAAACCGAGAAUAGAGACUGAGAUCGAGAGAAUAAAGAGUUGUUUACGAGCGAAUUAAAAGAAUGGAGGUUUAGAAUAAGAACUGAACUGGUAGCGGGCUUUAAAAGAAAUUGGGGGAGGAAGAGAGGAGUGAUAAACUGAACCAUACUAAUUUAAUUGUAACCACUUCAAAAUAGACCAAUCCAAACCAAACCGAAUCAGUUGGGUUGAGAUUGUCAUACUUACCUUAAAUUAUUGGCACUAUAUAUUCACAUACCUGCGUGAUUGAUUCCAAUAAAGCUUACCACUUUAAGUUGGCUUGACUGCAAUGAAAUGUCACUGGUAAAGACGUAAAACAAGCAUGGUCAAUCAAUGCCAUCUUCUUCGAUUUUGAUCAGUGUGAAAUCUGUACGGAAACUGAUCAAUUUUGUUUUUUGUUUUUUUACUUUUUCCUUUUUUUGGGCUUGAUUUAGUAAAUAACCAAACCCCCGGCAACCCAAAAGGUACGUACUGUAUAUACUGACCGACUGGAUUCCCUGACUGCCCUGCCGGCCGGUUUGCCUGCAACUGCGACCCGCCGGUGACCACUCACUCAGACUCGGUAUAUAUAUCCACGUACACAAGAAUUACACUUGUACGUAUUUCCACUGCAAACGACAAAGGGAAGGCAGGCACUGUUGGCUGGCUGUUGCCGUUUGAGGCAGCUAGGAAGCGGCCAUUGGCAGCCCACAGCAAGCAGUCCGGCCGUUUAAAUUGGUUUUACAUAUAUAAUAUAUAGCUAGUGUUGGUAGCAUGCAAAAUGUGUACCGGAAUUGAAUCCUAUAGAAAUAAUUAAUGAGGUUUAAUGUGCUAUGAGAUUUGAUCUUUGAACAUGGAUUACAGCUGGUAUUAGCAGGAAGUUGAGGUUUUUUAUCGAACAAGAAGUAUUGUGUUUGAAUUCGUCAAGUAACUAGAAUAUUUAAUAUGGGUUGAUGCGUGAGUAGGAUGAUUGAGUUUGUGUAUGUUUUAACUUUGUUAUUAGAAAGAUUUGUAUAGAUAUAUUAAAUUAUUACUGACCAAUUAAUGACAUGUAAGGCUUUCAUAGCUCAGUUGGUUAGAGCACCUGUUUAGUAAGCGGGAGGUCUUCUCAAUGAAAGCACAUAUUACUUUAAGUUUUUUGAGUUAUUCAGUUGAUUGAAUUCUUUUAAAAGUUUUUUAAAAGUUUGCUAAGAUUAAGAUGCCUCAUUUUUUAAUACUCAAAAUUCCAAUAUUAUCAGCUUAGGGCAAACCACAAAUGUGUAUAUAAACAAAUAUGUAGGCAAUAGAGAAAAAAACUAGCGUGUACCUGUAAUCAAAUUCUGCAAACAAUUGACAUAUUUUGAAAUUUCUCUCUCUCUCGUUGAGCGAGAGUCUUGAGAGGCGGCGGAAACCUAGGGUUUUCCGAGUUCAUACCAUUGAUACUACUUCAAGAUUGCUGAGAGUGAGAAGGACUACAAUUCUUGUUUCUAUAACUUUGAAAGAAGGCGAAGAUUAAGAGUUGCUUCUUAAGUGGAGAAGGACAUCUUGAGACUCGACAAUACAGUUUUACACCGAGAAUCUGGAGCUUUGCUUCAAACCCAAGAAAGACUAUAAGAGAGAUCAUAGAUACCCGAGAGGUACACAAUUCUGAAGGAAAAAGACCAGCUGAAGAUUCAGACUCAGGAGGAGCAACCAACAUAACUCUAGGGCUGGAGGAACAGUUGGACAAGAUAACGAUUGCUGAAGACGACGAACCCCCACUAGAAGUAGAAGAUUCUGACGUGGAUGUGGUGAGAAUGGAAGCGGUCAGGAAGUUGGGACUGAUUGCUGAGAAACAACCAAACCUGAAAUCAAUGAAGAUAGCAUUAGAGAAAGCGUGGAACGUAAGAAAAAGCUUCCAAAUUACAGAUCUGCAGAACAAGAUGUUUGCGUUCCAGUUUCUUGAUAUGGACGAUAAGAAUAAAGUUAUCUUUGGAGGACCAUGGCAUUAUGAGAAUAAUGUCAUUAUCUUUAAAGAGUGCAUACAUAUAAAAAACCUAAGCCAGAAGAGCUGCAUAUGCUUGAUAUCUGGGUCCAAAUCAGAGGAUUCCCAGCGGAACUGAGAACACCACAGAUGGCAGGUAAAAUAGCAGGCAUAUUUGGUGAGCUUGUGUGGUUUGAUGAUACAUGGUAUCUAUGGGAUGAACAUAUGCGCAUCCGAAUCAGUCUGUCUAUAAACAAUCCUCUGAAGAAGAAGAUCAAAUUCAACAUAAAAGGGAAACUGGAGGAGUACCAAGUGAAGUAUGAAAAGCUACCUCUAUUAUGCUAUUCCUGUGGUCGAAUAAGGCAUCCUAAACUAUGUUGUGGAAAUCCUUCACAGCUAGCAGUGGAUCCAUAUGGAAUGGAGCUGAGGACAGACAGUCCUAGACCAAGAAAUUGGUUAUCUAGGGCAGCAAGGAAAGAAGAUGCAAAAAUCUGGGCACAGUUAAGGAAAAAAUCCGAGAUGGAAAGCAAGGGGUCAAACUCAGACUAUGAUACGACUCUACCACAAGAAGUGGAAACAACCAAAGGAGAACAAAGGGAUCUCAGGAAUACUGAGAAGGAGAACUAUCAACAAAAUACAACAAUGGACCAAGGAGUGGAAAUAGAACAGCAGGUACAAGCAAUACUAAUGGCGACAAACCAAUACAGACAAGUGCUAUCCCAAAAGGAAAGGCUUCUCAAGAAGGGGCCCUUCAGAGGUUUGUAAUGGGAGGUGUGGCAGGGCCAAAAGAAAGAAGGAACACAGGCAGAGUCUGGAGAAGGCAAGAACAAAACCCCCCAAGGAGCAAGACAGGGGCACAAGUAACCCCACAAAAAAGAACAGUUGAGGCAAUUCAAAAACAGGUAGCUAAAGAACCAAUUGGUGAGGCAAAUACCAAAAGAGCCAGAACACUCAACUUCUCAGUACAGAAUGAAACGACAACUUUGCAGGAGAAAUCGGGAGAUGGCCCUAUUGAGAAACAAGAAAAACUCCUAGAUGGGAGAACAAUAGGAAUGCAGGAGAACCUUGGAAAACUGGACGGCGGAGUGGCGGACCCUGAAUAGCAUCAGGGUCGCCUAGCCCAAUGAGCAUAAUAAGUUACAACUGUCGUGGGUUGAGGAACCCCACGACAAUUGAUAGAGUAGCUACACUACUUAGAGAACAAGACCCCAGUAAAGUCUUCUUACUGGAGACUAAGAAACAGGAGCAUGAAAUAGAGGAGAUCAUCCAAAAGCUGGGAUGGACUAAAGGAAAGGGAGUUGGUCAAGAGAUAGAGCAGGAGGCCUACUGCUGUUAUGGAAGGAAGACAUCCGAGUUACCAUCAAGGCUUAAACUCGAAAUUACAUUGAUGCCUGGAUUACUGAAGGUCCAGACGAGCGCACUUGGAGACUAACAUGGAUAUAUGGGUGGCCAAAGUAGGAAAAUAAGACCCAAACUUGGGAUCUAAUCAGGAGACUUCAUGGACAGGAGGAUAUGCCAUGGAUUUUAUGUGGAGACUUUAAUCAGGUAUUAAGCUAUGAAGAAAAGAAUGACCAAAAUCCCCCACAUUCACAACAUGGAAGCCUUCCAAGCUACUUUGGAUGAAUGCCACUUGGAGGAUCUAGGCUACUAUGGUAAUACCUUUACAUGGGAUAAUGGAAGAGUUGAUGAGACUUUUCUAGAUUAGACAGGGCAAUUGAAAAUGGAGCAUGGAAAGAAUGGUUCCCUGAAGCAAGAGUCUACCAUCUUGAGAGAUGGGUUUCAGAUAAUCUCCAUAUACGAGUGGAGCUAAAUUUAACGGAGGAAAAGGUCAAGUGGGGGUGGCAUUUCAGAUUUGAAGCAUUGGCAGACACAUGAAGAAUGCAAGCCUCUUAUUGAGGCUGAAUGGCUAAGAGAUCCUACUAGAUCCCUCGAGGACAGAAUUAAGGGAUGUGAAAAGGUGUUGCUCGAAUGGAGUAAAAAAACUUUUGGAAGUUUGAAGACCAUGAAGAGAAAGAUAGAACAUGCUUUAGCAAAAAUUGCAAAACAAAGGAAGAACAAGGCAGUAAUAUUACAACGCCGAGCUCUGGAAAAAGAGCGGAAUGAAGUGCUACUUCUCGAAGAGCAGAAAUGGAGACAGAGAUUGAUAGACCGUUAAUUACACAUGUUUUUACCCCUGUUCUUACACCGUUUGAGAUGUGGUUUCUCGUGUUUUAGACAGAUUUCACGCUAGGUUGUGCUUGUUUGUGAUAUUUCAGGUCCUGGCAAGUGAAUGAAGGUUUAGGAGCGAGCUCGGGGUCGAUUGGGCGAAGAUCGGGCGCGAGGCAAGUCACAAAGGAGGCCACACGGGCACACCCACAAAUCACACGGCCGUGCAACUCAUAUUUCUGGCCGUGUGAGAUUGUGCGAGAGCAAACACGGCCUGCCCUGACAACACACACGGCCGUGUGAAGGAGUGGCUUGGCCGUGCGAGUUUUGCCGAGAGCAAACACGGGCAGAUGGAAGUCACACACGGCCGUGCCACUCUGGCCGUGUGAGAAGCCUGGAAUUCGACUAAGUGAUACGGUGCGUUUUGCCUCACACGGGCAACUGGGUAGGCCACACGGCCGUGUGGCCCUGCCCGUGUGAGUCGGGAUUUCCUGGUUUUAAGCCAAAUUCCGAACCAAAGAGGAGGAGAGCUGGGUUUUUGGAUCCCAAACACCCAAGGGACGAACCAAAGAGAGAGAGAGGGCGAUUUGAGGGCAUUCUUGGAGUAGAGAAGGAGGAUUUCUUCGCCUUGGAAGCUUGAGGAACAAGCCCGGACUUGAAGACUGAUCAUCUGAAGACUCUUACUGCAGUCUCUCUCUUCUCUAUGGAGUAACUUCCCUUCACUUAGGUUUUGAGGAACCCUAGCUAUGUUUGUUUGAUUGGAUGAUUGUAUGAGUACUCUGACUUGAUAAUCUUGAGUUCAUAUUCAAUCUAUGCAUGUUUUCAUGUUUUCUGCUUUGAUCCUAUGAGAGGGAAUACCUGAUUAGGUCAAUAGAGCACCAUAGAUUGAUAGUAGUGGAUCGAUUGCUUUAGUCAAGGGUUGAUUCACUGCUUUGUAUCGAUUGAGAACCUCUUUCGAUAGAGGGAGUCUAGUUCAGAACGCCUUGAUCAGUUGUUCUAGAGAAGGAUACGUCCCUCUAGGCAAUUGACUCAAGAGGGCCUUGUUCCUUUAGUCGAGACUCAAGGUCUAGUCAAGGAUUCUCCGCAUUGUGAAUGAAAGUGAAACAGGUUAGAGAUCAUCAAUCAUUAAUCUGGCUAGUGGCUAGGGGGAAUCAUACCUAAGUGAGUUCCCAACCUGUAAUUAGAUUAACUUAAACUGUAGUUUUCUAGAGUAGAUUUAGUUCUUUCAUCUUAAUCUGAUUUGCUAAAUAAUAAACUGAAGCUGAGUAAUAGUAACUCUAGAGACCCGUGGAUUCGAUAUUUAUCACUUGAGCCACUAUACUGCAGUCCCUUUCAUUGGUUACACUUGGCCUUUGUUAGGUGUUGUGUUUUAGAGCAUCAAGUUUUUGGCGCCUUUGCCGGGGACUUUCUAGAGUAUUAGGAAAGGCAGAAGUUUGUUACUUUAGCGUUUUUCUUUUCUUUUCCACCCUUGCUUUUCACUUGGGUGUUUUUGUUUUUGUUGGUGCAGAUCUGAAUCAUGGAUCCUAAUGGCUUCUCCAAUCAUUGGGGGUAUCCACCACCACCUGAGUGGUAUUACCCCGAGACUCCCUGGAGCAAUCAAGGAAGAGAAGACUAUGGAUUCGGGUUCCAGUACCAACCCCCUUACUACGGAGAACAACCGGAUCCCUGGGCAUAUCAAGAACAACCUCAUUACCAAGAAGAAUUUUUCCCACAACCAGAGGGGCCAUUGGAGCUGGAGUUACCCAUGGCGGCCUUCACGGGCCAUUCUGCAGAGCCAUGCUAUACUCCACAGCCAGAUCCACAAUAUAAAUUGAGACUUCUCAUGGAGCAGUUUGCUCGAGACUGUGAUAGAACAUGCUCCAGGAUGGAUCAUUGUGUCCAGGCCUAUCGUGAAACAGAGGAGAUCCUCCUGAGCCUUAAGAAGAGCGUCGAUGAUCUUGAGCGAUCUUGGGCACAGCCUGCUCCAGAUCACCCUUCUGCUACCAUACAAGAAGAGGAGGAGGAAGAAGAAGGCUACAAGAACAUUGUGGAGCACACUGAAGUUGUCACGGAGAGCUCCCGUGAUGAUCAUGAUCAGGAGUGUCCUGUCGUAGCCGACCACACCUUCCCACACCCCAAACUGCGCUUUGAAGAGGCGGGGAUGAGUGAGGAGUUGCAAGAAGAUCUCAUGAAAGAAAUUGCUUGGCAACUUGCUUUCCAAUCCGUGCUAGAAGAAGAAGAGCAACAAAGGGUGCAGAAAGAAGUUGUGGAGGAUGACGAAAGUGAAGCAGGAGGAGUUCUUGAUCAUUUCCCAGGGGUGAUACCACAUGAAGAAGAAAGGGGGGUUGAAGAAGCAAUUGGCGUCCAGGCUGAGGAUGGAGUUAAGGUGGAAGAGGCCUGCACUGGCCAUGAGUUACAUGUGAUAUCUCCACCAAACUUCGAGGAACUGCUUAGCAAGGACCCAUUUGCAGUGUCUCUUUGCCUGACCAAGGCCACCUCGACAUCGGUCCCUCUUGGUGGACGCGACGGUGGCCAAUCGAUGCUGUCAUAUCUGGUUUGGGGCAAUGAGACGAGAGAAGAGAAGGAGAGGUCUCGAGGGUGGAGACUUCAUCUGCAUCAAGUACAUGAGCCUUCAUCACCUGCCACACCACAUGCUCGUGACUUGAGACUCCACCUCAUCGACGAGAACCUCAACUUCAAGGAGGUUCUAGCAUGGACCGAAACUUAGGAGCCAUCGUCCGGCUCACGACGUGAAAGAAGCGCUUGUUGGGAGGCAACCCAACCAGUCGGUUUGCAUUUCUGUCUCUAUUUCUCCUCGGUUGAGUCAGUUUGCUAUUUGAUUUUAGAGUCAAUAACUCAACCUUUGUUAG